CUAUGGAUCUAUCUACUAAUUAUCAACCUAUCUACCUGCUAUCAAUCUACUAAUUAUCAACCUAUCUACCUGCUAUCAAUCUAUCUACUAAUUAUCAACCUAUCCACCUGCUAUCAAUCUAUCAAUCUACCCACUGUCAGCCUAUCUACCUGCUAUCAAUCUACUAAUUAUCAACCUAUCUACCUGCUAUCAGUCUAUCUACCCACUGUCAGCCUAUCUACCUGCUAUCAAUCUACUAAUUAUCAACCUAUCCACCUGCUAUCAAUCUACCCACUAUCAGUCUAUCUACGUACUAUCAAUUUAUCUACCUAUCAGUCUAUCUACUUACUAUCACUCCAUCCUCCUAUCUAUUUACUAUCACUCUACCUAUCAAUUUACCUAUCAAUUUAUCUACCUACUAUCAAUCUACCUACUAAAAAUCUAUCUACCUCCUAUCAAACUAUCUACCUACUAUCACUCCAUCUACCUACCAUCUCUCUGCCUGCUAUCUACCUACUACCAAUCUAUCUAUCUACUAUUAAUUUAUCUACCUGCUAUCAAUCUCUCUACCUGCUAUCACUCUACCUACUAUCACUCUACCAUCACUCCAUCUACCUACUAUUACUCUACCUACUAUCAAUCUACAUUUUUUCAAUGUAUCCACCUGCUACUAAUUUAUUGACCUGCUAUCAAUCUAUCUACCUUCUAUCAAUUUAUCUACCUGCUACAAAUCUACCUACUAUCAAUCUACUCACCUGUUCUCUAACCAAUCACCCUCCUAUCCAUCGACCUACUCACCCAUCUGCCUCCCCACCAAUCACCCAAUCUCCCAUUCACUCUCCACCCACGCACCUCACCAUUUGUUCAUCUACCCCACCAUCUGUUUAUUCGUGUAUCCUCCCACCCAUCUGCCGACUCACUCAUCCAUCUCCUUCCCCACCAGCCUAACCAAUCUCCUAUUCAUCUCUUCAGCCACUGAAUUGCCCAGCCAUUCCUCUACUCAUUCACCUACUCAUCAACCCAGCCACCCCUUCACCCACCGAUUCAUGCAUCCAUCUCUCCACUGCCUACUCCUUCACCACCUACCUACCCACUAUCUGCCAUAACCCACUCAUUUAUCCCGCCAUUCACCCACCUAGCUACCCACCCACCAAUCCUCACCUACCUACUCUUCCACCAUCCAUUCACUCAUUCACCAUUAUCUACCAUCCAGAUAUCCAGUGUUUCUCAGUGCUUAAUAUACAUUUAGGUUGUUGACCGACUGAUUGAUGGACUAUAAUGUUCACUUUCAUCUAAACAGCUUCCCCUUGCUCCUCCUUUCUCCCUAUCCUUGGCUUCCUCCUCCCCUCCCUUCCUCCUCCUACCCUUCAGUCCUUCUCCCUCAGCAUUUCCUCCUUGCUCUCUCCUGCCCUUGCCCCAGUCCCUCUGUCCAUCCUCUGCCUGCAUUUCCUCACCCCAUUCUUGCCUUAAUUUUGAAACAGUUCAUUAAGUUCUCAAGUUCAAUUAUAUUUUUUAGAAAUUUUAUUUGGUUCUUUAUUAUGUCUCCCUAUUCCUUUUAACAAAUUACAUCAUUUCCCCCUGAGAUUUUGCAUUCCUCCCAGAUAUAGCUUACAUUUGCAAUCACUCUAAACAUACGUAUUUUACGGUCUCCAUCAGAUUUUUCUAGUGGCUGAAGCUCCACAUCAGGCACCUGUGUGUCUCCUGGCACGGUAGAUUGUUUCCUUGAAGCAGAAAAAAAACGCUGUGGCACAGGCAGGCUUCACAGCAGGCUGAGUCUGCGGAAGCCCUCAGCUGGGACACCCCCUGAGAGUGGCUUUCUGUUGGCUUCAGCUGGGCUCCCCUGGAGAUUUAUCUUAACAAUUUCUAUUUUUAUGUCCGUAAAUUGGCUUGGGGAUUCCCGAAUCAAGCAGGUAUUCUAAAUGUGAUCCCCAAGCCAGAAUCAUGCAACAGGCCCCAGCUCUACAUUCUGAAAGGUGAUGGGGUUUCUUCGUUGUUGUUGUUGUUCGUUUAUUUUUUUGAAGGCUCAGGUUAAAACACUUACAUUUCCUUCUGGGAUUGGUUUUUAACAGUUUUUUUUUUCUGCUUCACCCUUGGGCAAGCAGGGGCGGGCAGCCACUUGAGCUUCUGUCUCUUUGCAGUGAUCUCUGUUGCCUCUGAGCCCAAAGUCUCACUUUUUACUCCAGCUUGAGCAUUAAACUCAAGCUUCUAGUAACCAAGACUUGAGGCGCCUGUGUGAGUUUAACAGGGUGGUUUCCCGGGCAUCUUUAUUUCUGGUCCAUGGGAAUAUCCCUUUCCUUGGUGCGACGUGGGUCUGCACUGAAACAAUGUUUGUCAUGUUACAGUGAAACAAUGUGUGUUACGUUACACUUUAUCUGGCAUUCCUGGCUCUCUAGUCUGCUGUAGCGCUGGCACUGGAUGUCUCCUGGGUUCUUCAUGCUGACAGUUUAAGGGAAGUAAGCUCUAUGAUAGCAGAGCUAGAGAAUCCACCAGGAACAAGACUCUGGCACUUGGGAAGGUACCUGGAUUCCAGGCCAGGCAUUGCUGCUUCCCAGCUGUGUGGCCCUGGGGCAGCUCACCCGACCUGCACCCAGGGUGUGGGGACUAUAUGCUUACAUGUGAACUCUUUGAAAACUGGCAAGCAUUUUAUCAAUAUAAAGAAUGGCUUUUAUUCUCAGUAGCAGGGAGAAUAAAUAGUAACAACAAUGGUCUUUGUGGUGCAGCAGGUGCUCAGAACGAUCUAUCUCUACCCCAGCAGUUUGAAGGCAAACAAACCCCAGAGCCCUAGAGCAGGGUGACAGGAGGCUCCAGGAGACCGCACAGGGUCCAGAAUGGAUGCGCAAGGCAGGGAUUUUACUUGGCUCUUGCAGAGGCAGCCAACUGGCCCUCAUCUGGCCCUGCCAAGUCCCAUGUGGCACACGCAGGCUUCAAAGCAAUUAUCUCUCCAGGUCUGCCCCUCUGGCCCGGCUGGGACAGGUGCCUGGCUCCACAGCCUCUUUGCUGUGACUUUACAGGAAACAGAUGCUUGUGCCAAUCAGCAGAGAGCGCCUGGUGCAGGGUGUGGAGGAGAUGAGAUAAAAAGUUGGUGUGUGUGCGCUGGUGUGUGCGUGUGUGUGUGUGUGUGUGUGUGUGUGUGAUGGUGGAGGCUGCGGUGCUGAGUGAGCAUCAGUUCUGGCCCAGAUGCUGAAAUGAUCGCCUCCAACAGCCUCAUUUUUUUUUUCUUUCUUUUCUUUCCUUUUUCUUGACAAAGUUUCACUCUUAUUGCACAGGCUGAUGCAAUGGUGCAAUCUCAGGUCACCGAAACCUCUGUCUCCCAGGUUCAAGCAAUUCUCCUGCCUCAGCCUCCCGAGUAGCUGGGAUUACAGGCACGCACCACCAUGCCCAGCUAAUUUUUUUGUAUUUUUAGUAGAGAUGAGGUUUCACCAUGUUGGUCCAGCUGAUCUCAAACUCCCCACCUCAGGGGAUCUACCCCCUCGACCUCCCAAAGUGCUAGGAUUACAGGCGUGAGCCACCAUGCCUCGCCAAGAGCCUCAUUCCAGGGGGCUCUCUCCUCGCAUGUUCCAAAAAACCGUAGGCAUCAAAGCUCUUAUCAGUAAUUGUGAUUUUUUCCUAAACUUUUCCUUUCUCUGACCUCAUCUGCUUCCCCAACCUUUUUAUGAUGCAGAUGAAGAUGUUACUGGACUCAUUUUUUUAGAUUAAAACACAUUCUAUGAGUCAGACACCAGAGGCCCAGUAGAAAAAGUCAGAAGUGCUGGCAGCUCCCAAGGUGGUGCUCCCUGCAGCUGCACCUCAGGUCUGGAGUGAGUCUCUGCACCUGUGACUAUCAGGAUGAGCUGGAGCCCCAAGUGCUUCUGUGGCCAGGCUGAGACAGUGGAAGGCAGGUUUGAGCUCCUGAAGAGGAAGUCCUUGCUUCCAGGGCUCUCAAGAGGCGAAGGCCC